CAUUCCCUCGAAGAGUACCUGCAGGGGACGUCUACGUCGCUUGAGCCCCCGUCUGCGACGAGCCCAAUGUCCCCCAAUCUGGCUCCUGGCAUGCCUUACCAUCAUUAUCGACAACACCUUGGUGUGGACCACGGCGACGCCGAAGCAGAUCCGCUGACGGCCGAGUUAUCGCUCAUUCGCGAGGCCAUCCGUCGUCUGCAAGCCAGAGCACGCCAGAUUGAAUCUGUGCAGCGCGCCCGUGGCGAUGCGGGUACCGAAAAUCCGCACUCUGUCUCCGAGGACAGAGAGCCUCCCUCGUCAAGUCGGUCAACUGCAAACGGUUCGUUCCUUCGAUUCUGGAAUCUGCUCCGCUUAUACUAUCUCAGGGUAUGACGAUCUGCUCUCUGCGAACCACGACCCGUUGUCGCUUGCCGCGUCCAACCGCUUCCGUCGGUCACUCUAUACCACACGCCCUGGCCCGUCGAAUUCACUCAUGUCUGAGAACGCCGCAGAGUUCCGGAGCAGAAGGGCUCGCGAGCAGUUGUCAUCGAUCUCUGGUGUCAACAACGGCCGAACAAGUCCGAUAGAUGAGCCCCGUUUCGCCCCUGCAGAUUGGUCGCUUCCGAGUUUUCGGGGCUCGACGCGGGCGAGCGAGCAGGACAGCACCGAUUCACGGAGAAGUCAGACUUCACGAGCGAGACCAACGACUCUGGAACCUGACCCGUUCGAUUCUGAUUAUGGCUUGUCCCAUACAGGGACCGAACUGAAUCACCCGCAAUUUAAUUCGCUAUGGCAACCUCUUCCGUCUUUGAGUGGGGGCGCAGAUCCAGACGAAAGCCUCGACUUUCCCGACCUGAUGCUUAGGCGAAACUCGCCUCCACCCCGCAAUGCUGCGAAUACAACGGCGGCUACCAGAGCGGCCAGUGCGUUGCAUCGCGCGCCAUACGGUGCGCUCGAGCAGUGGCUACUCGGCGGCCCUGACGACACUGCGUCCGCGGCACAGACAGAGACACAGCGGCCAAGAGCAGCGGACGCAAAUAGGGCCCGCACCGUUCCUCAUUCUGAUAGACCCCCUCGCGUAAUGUCGUAUCAGCCUCUGUCUGCGAGAAUGGCGGAUGCAGAUCGAAGGGCACAGCUCGAGUCCAUGGCUUCCGACGCAGGCGUCUCGGUCGAGGAGCUCACAAGACGUGGGAUGUCAAGACUCGUCGCAAUACGGGAGAGGCGCACUGCUACGGCGCCAGCCAACCGCAACGCGCCGCGCCCAGCUGCCAGACCGUCAUCUCCCGGAUCCCGCAGGGCAGAACGUGACACUGAACAAAGCAGAUCUGACUAUGACCUCGACGCGAGAGCGGAGCUGCGAGCGUCCAUUGCUCCACCCAGAAUCUACGACUCGCCGCCGCGAUCGACAUCUAGAACCGUUCCUUCAGCUGCAAGUGCUUCACGCCGACCGUCAGUCACUGGGGAGACUUCAGCAAGGACUGCACCAACUGUGCGCUUCAACGUAGAUUCAUUCCACGAAGGUCCCUUCCGAGCGUCGAUCCAGCGAUCACUGGAGCUGCAGAACAUGACAUCUGAGGUGACCCGUCCCAGUUCACGCACUGUUCCUCGCGACUCUGGAGCUCCUUCUUUGCCGCCUCUUCGCUUCCAGCGUCUCUCGACCGAACGUCUGGUACGUCAUUGCACAAGUCUUGAGCUGCUGGAGAGCUGACUAUACCAUAAGCCUCCAUUUCGGAGCAUAUCUCGCUCUGCGUCUGGAGAGUGGGAAGAAUCAGAGUACUCAGCCGACCCCACCCGGAAUCCUUACUCAACCAUCUCCUUAUUGGACGGCCCGUCAAAUCCACACUGGGACUCGCUACUGCAUUGGACUAUGUCGCGCGACCC